AUGCUCCAGCUGGGGCUCUUCCCAGUCUUAGCGGCCACGGUCAAAUUCAUCCUGAUUCAGAUGAAUACAGAGGAAUGUCUGGGAAGAGCCCUCAUCCACAGUAAUGUACAUAGCCAUGACGUACUUGCGGACAAACAACCCUCCAUCCACUCCGGCGGCAGAGAAAGGAGGAACGAGCCGUGUCGGCCAGGGUACUACCGGCAUCCAAACCAAACUCACUGCUGCAUUUUGUGCCACAAAGGCACUUACGUUUCACAACACUGCGUGAGUGAAGACAAGACGCCCGACUGCACACCUUGCCCUAAGGGAUCCUUCAUGGGCCAGGGGAACUCUGCAGGAAAGUGUCGCAGCUGCCAAAACUGCCGUUCAACUUUUAAGCAGGUCAUAUUGACCAACUGCACCGGAACCCAAGACACAGUCUGCGGCUGCGCCAGCAACUACUAUCGGACGGACGACAGCUCCGAGUUCUUUUGCAAGCCCUGUAGCGCCUGCCACAACGGAACCGUCUUAAAAGAAUGUUCCACGAACAGUGACACAGUGUGUAGGUGUAACAAAGGGUUUUUUCUCCAGGCCAAGAAGAACACCUGUUCCCCGUGCAGCAGCUGUCAAGGGGAAGAGUGCAAAGAAGACUGUGAUGUCACAAACCUGAGUAUAUCACCCAGGGAUUCCUCAAACCUGAACCCUAUCCUGGUUUCCCUGAUUGUCGUCCUUGGAGUUGCGUUUCUGAUCCUGGCCAUAAGGUCGCUCCUCAAGCAGGCUUUGCGUAAGAAAUUGAUCUCUGCAUUCAGCGUAUGCCCCCCAAAGCAGCUGCCUUCACCAGCUAACCCUCAGGCUGAGGUACAAGUGACCAAUAUCCUUCAGGAAUCCAACCAGGAAGAAAUGCUGUUGCCCGCUACGGCCGUACCCGUGCAACCAAAUACACCAGGACUACCAGACUGUAUACCAGCGGCAGGAGAGACUCCGAUUCCAGACUGUCCCGCGGUUUUGUACGCCGUGGUGGAUCGCGUCCCGUUUUCCCAGUGGAAGGAAUUCGUGCGCCGCCUGGGCCUGAGCGACAACGACAUCGGCCGGAUCAAGGUGGAGGAGUGGAACAUGCGAGACGCGCAGUAUAAGAUGCUCAGGCACUGGCGGCUGCAGCUGGGCCAGCGUGCCACUGUGGAGCGCAUGAGCGGAGUCCUCAAUGAAAUGGAGCUCAGCGGCUGCAGCGAGGCGAUCCAGGACGUGCUGUCGCAGCAGGCCUAG